CACACAAUCACAUUUAAUUCUUUUGUCAUUUUCGAUGGGUUAUACAUAUAUUUAUCUCAUAAUUUUCGUGAAUACUUAUUAAACUUAACUAUAGUGAGUGCGAAAGUGACAGCAAAAAACAAGUUGCAAAUGUCAAAUACAAAAAUUAAUUCUGUGAAAAUCUCCAAGCAAAAAGAAAAACGUAUUCACAAAUCCUUUGCAGCUUGUGGAUGUGCCGGAGAUGGAGUAUUUCGCCAGUCAAAACACUGGGGAGGUGUGCGUGCGCGGUUCUAACGUAUUCCACGGUUAUUACAAAGAUCCCGAGAAAACUGCUGAGGCUGUUGACUCUGAAGGCUGGCACCACACGGGCGAUGUGGGCAUGUGGCUUCCAAAUAGCACGCUGCGCAUAAUCAAUCGUCGCAAACACAUUUACACUGUGAGCCAAUAUGUAAAUCAGGUGUACGUUUACGGAGAGAGCCUUAAGAGCUGCAUCAUAGCCGUCGUCGUGCCUGAUGUGGAUGUUCUCAAGCAGUGGGCGAACGACAAUCGCGUCAAGGGCACACUUUCGGUGCUAUGCAUGCAAUAAUCCACAAGUAAAAGAACUCAUGCUGAAUUGGGGUAAGCAGAGCGGACUGAAAUCCUUCGAACAGGUCAAGGAUAUAUAUUUGCAUCCCGAUCCGUUUUCGGUACAAAAUGGACUACUCACCCCAACAUUCAAAGCGAAGCGGCCACAAUUGAACAAAACAGUGCGAGAAACCCCGUAGAGGAGUUAGAAGUAAAAUGCGAACAAUUUUAAACUUUAUGCGAAAAUAGAAAAAACAUUAAAUUGCUAUUUAUUUAAUUAGGCAUCAAUUUAAAU